AUGGCGGAUCGGGUAGACAUGCAAUAUAUACAAAGAAUUCUUAAAACUCACCAUAGGCGCAAUCAUACGAAAUUCACAAGGGAGCAAUUAAAAAGUCUCAUCAACGUCUUCAACUAUGAACCCUACCCAAACUACACUACUAGACAGAAGCUUGCUUUAGAAAUCAAUAUGGAAGAGUCUAGAAUCCAGAUUUGGUUUCAGAAUCGGAGAGCUAGACACCUAUUUGAGAAAAGAUCAAAACCUAAUGAGGCAUUAAAAUCCAGCCAAGAACGUAGGCAAGAUAACCCUGAAGAAAGAAGUCAAGUCAGACGUUGUCAUACCUACUAUAACACAUCUCAAUUGUGCACCUUAAAGAAGGCGUUUAAGAACAACCCGUAUCCUGGGAUUGAAUGUAGAGAACAACUUGCUAAAGAAAUCGGCGUUCCAGAAUUAAGAAUCCAAGUUUGGUUUCAAAAUCGCAUAUCUAGAUUACUUUCCCAGGUUAAAGAAGAUCCUGAAGAGACCACAGACAGUGAGACCGAGAAACAAGAGAGCCGGGUUUUGAAGCCACACGAGAUGAGGUGA